UCCUGAAUUUGACGUCGAGAGAGUGUGAUUCAAAUUCUGUUAUUAUGCCUAUAUACAAACCAUCGGACCAGCAAAGUAAAAACGAGCAGCGUGCUGGCUGUUCAUACAAGUUUAGUAAUAGAUCGAGGGAACAACUUUUGGGUUUUGGGCGAGUGUAUGGGCGGGGUUACUGAUUCGCCUGCCCAACUCUAGUUCAGAGAUAUAGGUCUAGACAGGCGUUAUAACGAAACACUAGUGUCAGCGGCUAUUUCUUUUCUACGACAUUAGCUCGUUUUUACUCGUAAUGCAAGGUUGUGUCAGUUGUCGGUGCUCACGUAUUUAUGCAGCAUAUAACAUGUUCGUGAAAAUGCCUUGAAACGAAGGAAGUAUAGCCUACUCGUUUUAAAGGAUGUUAUAUCAUCCGUGAGUGUAAGACUGCUGUUAUACAAACUUCCAGUUUCACUGUGUCACGGUCUUACGUAGCUAAAUUAACAUGGAAAAUUCGAUUUGCAGCUGAAUGAAAUGGAUGGAACUAAACACUUGCUUCGGUGUCCGGUCUGAUCCUUACCUAGACUGAAUCGAUUAGAUAGCUAGUAAUUUGACUGACCCCUGAGCGUAACUGAUUUGAGCGAUUCUUCAGUUAUAUCACGAAAAUGGACAUCGCUGUUCGAGACGGAUUGGAUCAUUCCACGAACAGCACAACUGUUCCCACUGCUGCCUGGUUGUGUGCAGAAAUGUUGGAUGUGGCACAGAAAGCCUGCCAGGCUGGAGACUACAACUUUGCUGUUGAGAUUUACAGCUCUCAACUUGCAGAUCUUCAGCAACCAGACAGGCCUCUGUGUCUACUGAAGGCAGAUGCGCUUAGCAGGGCUGGGCGCAUAGGAGAGGCACUGGACUCGUAUUGUGCUGCUGCCAAACUGGACAGUUUAAAACCCCAAGAAUUAGGAUCUCUUGUUGACUGUAUUACGCACACCUUGCGCGAAAAGGAAUUGUGCAUCUCAGCUCCAAGUAAGACUUCGUCAUGCCGAGUUGGAGUUAAUAGAAACGAGUUGAACCGUUCAUAUUCAGUGGAUGACUUAUCUGAGGAUGAAGAAACACUGGACUUUUUCUCUUGCCAUUUUUGCAAGUGCCUCUUGUCAGAGCCUGUGACCUUAGAAUGUGGCCAUACAUACUGCAAAUAUUGUGUUGAAGAUAAACACGUCACAGAAUGCAAACUGUGUCGAUAUAAACUGAGCAACUCGACGGGCAAAGUGAAGCCAACUGCGUUUAAAGUCAAUGUGGUUCUAAGCAGCCUGUUGGAAAAGUGGUUUGUGGCGGAGAGUCAAGCAAGGCGAUACUGGCUGGAGGGGGAGAGACUACGGACUAAACACGACUUCCUCAACGCCCUAGAAAGAUACAACAAAGCUGUAGAAAUGGCCCCAACUAUGUCCAGGUUACUGGAGCGGAGGGCAGAUCUCCAUCAGCAGAUGGGGAACUUCAGACUGGCUCUUCAGGAUGGGGACAGCAUGUGUCAACUGAAGCCUCUGUGGCCCAAGGCCCAUUAUGUGAGAGCAUUGGCUUUGAGCAAAGCCGGACGGAAUGAAGAAACCUUAAAAGAGUAUUUCUAUUGUGUUGCUCUGAAGCCUAACUGCGUCACUAUCAGACUGGAGGCUCAGAAGCUGUUGAGUGACAUGUUCUCCUCCUUGUUUGAGAAGGACAGUCUGUCCGCAUCACUCCGCCCCUGUCAGACAGGCUUCGCCUCCCCCCUUAAGCCCGCCUCCUUCCUCUUGGGCUCGUUAAAUUCCACACCUCAAAAAGAAGGCCUAAUGGAAGGGCCCUCGAAGAACCAGAUGUUUGGUCUCGGUAACCCUCCUGCUGAGUCUGAGAAGACCGCCAAGCCCCAGACAUGCGCUGGGGACUCCAAGGACCUGGGUUUAGUCCUCAGAGCCUUACCUUGCCCCUCUGGUCUGAAAAGGAAAUGCCAAGACAACCCUCCGAACUUAGCGACCGCCAACAAGUUGCCCAGAAAAGAUGAAGGUUGCUCUUCAUCCCAGGCUCCUGUUGCUCAUAGUGGUGAGAGGGAGGUGCCUACCCAUCUCCUGGACAGCACUGACAUGGAGUGCUCUCUUUGUAUGAGGCUGUUUUAUGAGCCUGUCACCACCCCCUGUGGACACACAUUCUGUCUGAAAUGUCUGGAGCGCUGCAUGGACCACAACCCAAACUGCCCACUGUGCAAAGAGAACCUUGCUGAGUACCUGGCCUCCAGAGGGAACCAUAAGACCCUGUUGGUUGAAGAAAUGCUACAACGUUAUCUCUCUGAGGCUCUGGCUGAGAGAAGGAAAGUCCAUGAAGAGGAGAUGAAGGAGCUAUCCAACUUGAAGCAGGAAGUGCCCAUCUUCAUCUGCACGGUUGCAUUUCCCACAAUUCCAUGCCCUCUUCACAUCUAUGAGCCAUGCUACAGGCUCAUGGUCCGACGCUCAAUGGAAACAGGAACCAGGCAGUUUGGAAUGUGCAUUGCUGAUGAUCUCAAGGGUUUUGCUGACUACGGCUGCAUGCUGGAGGUGAAGGAUGUGAAGACGUUUCCCGAUGGCCGUUCGGUGGUGGACACGGUGGGAGUGUCUCGGUUUCGAGUGCUGAGCCACGGCCAGAGGGACGGGUACAGCACAGCCAAGAUAGAGCUGCUGGAGGACAAGAAGGUGGAGGGGGCGGAGCUAGAGGAGCUGCAGAAGCUGCAUGACUCUGUGUACGAGCAGGCCACUUCCUGGUUCACCUCGCUCAAAGACAACAUGAAGAGCCAGAUCCUCAGCCACUUUGGACAGCUGCCCGGGAAAGAAGCUGACAUUCAGGCCAGUCCCAGCGGCCCUGCUUGGUGCUGGUGGCUCCUGGCCGUCCUGCCCCUGGAGAAACGUGCUCAGCUCAGCAUCCUGUCCAUGACCGGCCUCCGGGACAGGCUGGCCGCCGUCCGCCGUGUGAUCCUCCUCGUCACACGCAAACGCCAGGCACGGUGACAAGAUGUCCAACUAUUCGGCGCAGUUGUUACUGAAAAUGGACUUUCAGUCACUGAAAUGAUGCAAAGACUUCUUUGAACGGGGACAGCUGGUGGAUUACAGUUCCUUAUGUUGUUCCGAGUAUUCGUAGGGUGAGGAUGUGAAACACCAUUGUAUAUGUAAAUACUGUGUCUUUGAAUCAGUGCGUCCUUUAAUCAAAACUGUGUGUCCUGUUGUACAUGUUAAAUGAGAGCCUUAAAUUAUUGUUAUUCCAAUUGUAUAUUUAUAUACUUACUAUCACACA